AUGCCAGUGGUCAAAGUGGAGAAAGAUUCUUCAGCAGACACUUCCUUGGCUGCCUCCAACCCUCCGGCACAGACGGAGGAGCAGCCAAGAGGUCGGAGGAGGAAGAGGCCCCUUCAGCGAGGGAAGCCCCCCUACAGCUACAUCGCACUCAUUUCCAUGGCAAUAGCCAACUCCCCUGACCGAAAGCUGACUCUGGGGGGCAUCUACAAAUUCAUAAUAGAGAGAUUCCCCUUCUACAGAGACAAUUCAAAGAAAUGGCAGAACUCCAUCCGACAUAACUUGACUCUCAAUGACUGUUUCAUCAAGAUCCCUCGAGAGCCGGGGAGGCCAGGGAAGGGCAAUUACUGGGCCUUGGACCCCAAUGCUGAGGACAUGUUUGAGAGCGGCAGUUUCCUGAGGCGCAGGAAGAGGUUCAAGCGCUGUGACCUAAGCACCUACGCCUCGUAUGUGCAUGAGACGCCAGUGUUCUCUCCUGUCCAGAUUGCCAGAUCUGCAUAUACCAACUCUGUCUACUCUAACAUGACAGUCAGUCCACCCUAUGGGCAGCAGCUCUCCUCUGCCUACUACCCCUCCUCAUCCCCUCCUGGGUUUGGACCUGCUCAGGCCCGCAUGUUCAGUAUCAAUAACAUCAUAGGACACCCAACUUCAGCCAGCAUGCUGGGAGGCCAAGGGCCAGAGGUGAUGCAGCCCAACCGGAGCUUCAGUCCAGAGGGGCUUCCAAACGGAUCCAGUCCCUGCAGUCUGGGAGCUGCAGGUUUCCAGAGCCAACCAUGCGGAGGGGCCGUGACGUCCCACUCAACCACACAUGCAGGGUUCUCCUACUCUGGACCAAACGGCCACCCACACCAUCAUGCCCCCCAGGUCUCAUAUGGACAGGGCCAUACCCAGGCGUAUGGAGCGACAGGUCGCCUCCAUUCAUCAGGUCACGGGUCUGCAGAGAGCCUGGACCACUACGGCAGGAUAUCACCAGCACAGCUGGGUUCUUUCUCCCAGUAUAACAGUGCUGCAGGUCCCAUCACCAACACUGGGGGCUACCUGAGACACCCCACAUACCCAGGGAAUAUGGACAGGUUUGUGCCUGCUAUCUGA